AUGGUUUGGGCAUACAACACCGCAGACGAUGCUGUCAACGAUGGAAUUCGAAUAACCAUACUUUCCACUGUUCUUACGACACUGUCACUUUUCAUCUUAUCAUUGCGGCUCUAUAUCCGAGGUUGUAUGAUAAAGGCGGUCGGGCCAGAUGACUGGAUUUUGAUCUUUACCUGGAUUGCAUCUUGUGGCUUUGCCGUAGUGACCAUAAUUCAAACCAAAUGGGGACUUGGAUUGAAGCACCUGAACGAUAUGCCGGUCGAAAAUAUAUACAAAUUCGGGCUAGUACAAUACAUAGGAGCUCCAUUCUAUAUCAUCAGUAUUUUGGGAUUCAAACUGAGCCUUCUUCUGUCAUAUCUCCGGUUCAUGACCAGGGGUGCAUCACGUAACGCCACAAUCGUGGUGAUGGUAACUUGCACGAUUUUUCACCUUUGUUUCCUCCUGGUUCAAAUCAAUCUUUGUCAACCGGUCACAAAGCAAUGGGAUCCAGCCAUCACUGGGGGAAAGUGUUUGCCUGCUGUUCCCGUUUACACUAGCAUGGCUUCUAUCACCAUCAUCUUUGAUAUUGCAGUCAUGGUGUUACCGUUCCCGGUCUUGAUCAAAAGCCAAAUUCAGAAGCGGAAGAAGUUUGCACUUCUAGGUCUCUUUGCACUUGGCACCUUCAUCACGAUCAUUCAGGUUUUGCGUAUUCGAACAGUUAAGAGUCUCUCUAACUAUCUUGACUCAUCAAGCAUCAUCAUAUGGUCCAUAGUCGAAAACAACUUAGGCAUAAUCGUCGUAUGUAUACCGACGCUAGCACCCCUCUUCAGGUAUUUUGCCGAGAGGACGCAAAGGAGCUCCACGACCAACCCUGCGGAACGAUCCCGGUCAAAGAACAUACUAGGUCCACGGAAUGGGCCAAAACAGGGUACAUUUCCGCUUGGCAGCGGCACCGAUCAGCUAUCGAACAUUUGUGCAUCAGUGGAAGGAGGAAAUGAAGAGUUCAUUCUAGGUGACAUCGCUGUCAUAACCAAGACGACAAAUGUCACGAUUUAAGACAAUACUAGGC